AUGGCCCUUAUACAAUGUGAAACUCAGGGCGAACAAGCCUAUCAGCAGAUUGUGAGUCAAAAACUUAUUGGUCUGCAUCUACCAACACCACGGACAGCCGUCGCUCUCCUUAGAGACCUGAUGCUUGACCUUCGUCGUAUAAGAGAAGAAAUGCAGGUAUGUAUGGCCCCGUUGGCGAUGAGUUCUGGCCAAGUAAGCCGAAUGGGCCAGGUCGUGAAUGCUUUGAGACGCGCCUCUGCCCAGCUUUCAAUCGGUGCUGGGACCAGUCUUGCUGGUGGUGGCAGUAGCAACCUCGGUGGCGGGGCUGGUGGCGGCAAUUUUUCUAGAAGUGGGCAGCAUGACACAGCAGCAGCC